GGCCGCUCGCCCGGUGCGCCUGGCCGCGGCGCUCGCUUCUUGGCUGGCCACCUCCUGCUCGCCCGCGUCCCGCCGCGCUCGGACAUGGCUGGCAAAGCACACAGGCUAAGCGCUGAGGAGAGGGACCAACUGCUGCCAAACCUGAGGGCUGUGGGGUGGAAUGAGCUGGAAGGCCGCGAUGCCAUCUUCAAGCAGUUCCAUUUCAAAGACUUCAAUAGGGCUUUUGGGUUCAUGACAAGGGUGGCCCUGCAGGCUGAGAAACUGGACCAUCAUCCUGAAUGGUUUAAUGUGUACAACAAGGUCCACAUCACCCUGAGCACCCAUGAGUGUGCAGGCCUUUCAGAGCGGGACAUAAACCUGGCCAGCUUCAUCGAACAAGUAGCAGUGUCCAUGACUUAGGAGGCCCUGUCCUUCCUCUUUUAAUUUCUCAGGGAGGAGGGGUGGCUGAACUGAGAAUCCAGGGAGGGAGCUGGGGAGUCCUUAGUCCCGAGACCUUGCUGAGUCACCACUGCCAAGCCCGCCCUGCUGCCUAUUUCAGGGCGAGUCCUUGCUGUGGAAAGGAGAGGAGCCCUUCACUGACCUUUCCCCCACGCCACUCUCUUCAUCCUUGGCGUUCUGUUACAUGUACGCUAAUUUGAAUAAGCUCUUCCCUUUCUUUGAAACUUCCCAUCAAGUCAUGAUUUUCUUUCCCAGCUGUACCCUUUCUGAUUCAUUUGCCAAAAGGCUGUGAUAGACGGGGACAUGAAAUGUUAUCUUAGAAACCAGGACCCUAAAGUAAACCCCAUCCUACGUGAUGGAAACACGUGCUUUUAUGUCUCAAAUAAAACUUGUGUCACUUACUUGGUCUCGGGCUCUAGAACCUUCUUUCCUAUAGGUCAAUCCAAUUGGAGUCAAUGGAACAAGCAUUUAAAGCUCUUAAUCUGUGCGAGGCACUGUUCAAGGUACUGGGGAAAAAGGGUGGACUAGACCACCCUGCCUUUCAACGAGUUCAUUAUCAUCUGGAGGAAUCAAGCAGGAAAAUGGCUAUUAACUAGGUCAGGUGAAUUAAGUUAAUGCUAGAUGGCAGGAUAAGAAAUGAACUAUGGAAACACAAAGUAGUAAUUAAUGUUGACAAGGGUGAAUCAGGAGACUUUCAUUUGAGUUAUGCCUUAAAGAUGUGAGUAGGAUUCUUGAGAGAGAGAUGGCUGGGGGAGCAUCAUGAACAGGAUAAAGGCAUGUGUACGAUAUGUAUGGUGAGACCUACAACUAGAAAGGCAACUGGGCCAUAUUACCUUCUUGUGCUAUAACAUCAGCUGGGGAGAUUCCUAAUCCUGAUGGUUUCUGUAGUUUCCACUUAGAAAAGGUUGCAAGGCUUGGCUGCUUUUAUGCUGCAAGAGAGCGAAGGCACAGGCACAGCUUAGGUGCUGACGGGCUAACUGCCAUCAGAACAGUAAGGAGCCAGUAUGCACAGGUCUGUUUCCCCGCCCAGCAACACUGUUGUUGUCGUCAGGUACCACUGAGUCGAUUUCUACUCAUAGCAACUCCACGUGACGAGUAGAACUGCCCCGUAGGGUCUUCUUCGCUGUAAUAUUUAC